AUGCAUAUGCAUUGUAAAACUGGACGUCCAAUUUGUCUAGUUUCGGCUUGCGGUUUUAACUUUUUUUAUAGUCAUGCCGAAGAAAUAAACGUAUUUUUUAUAGCUACAUUACCGUAUACCGUAUUUUAUUUUUGCAGCAAAAAAAAACGGAAAAUUACAAGCACAGAGGAUGAUGAUGCCAGUUGCAGUAAACAGUUGCAGCAGUCUAGUGAGGUGGAUUCAGCGCCAAUAACACAAUCUUAUUCUGCUAAUAAAAAAUUGUGUAACUCUUUAGUUAGCCCGCAAGAUUCAGAACCGAAAACCAUAAAUUCUUGCAGUAUUGUUAAUGAGGUAGUAUCUGAAUCUCGUGCAUCUACAUCUACGUCUAUUCUGGAUGAUGGAGGGAAUUUUCAUGAAAACGAUAUCGGUCGAUGGGUUGGACGGUCUUUCGUACUGACAACGGAGAAGCGAAUGGAAAUGUUAAAGCGAUGCUGGGUACCUUCAGAAACUUAUGAUUUUGCUGGCGAUGCUACACAUUUAAAACGCAAAUUUAACCACUCUUGGUUAGAAAUGUACAAACCGUGGCUUGUAUACUCAAAGAAAUUGAAAGGUGCAUUUUGUUUGUUUUGUGUUUUAUUCCCGCCGAAAGUCGCACGUGGUGUACAGGGAUCUCUAAUUGUUCGACCAUUUACCAAGUAUAAAGAUAUACAUAUUUAUUGUAAAGCGCAUGUAGAUACUCAAUGGCAUAGAGAGUCGAGUGCGUCUGCCAAUUCUUUUAGCAACAUUAAAACAAAUGUACAAGUUGCAUUGCAAAUAGGCCGCGAAAAAAUUAUUGAAGACAAUAGAAAUGCAUUGCUACCUAUAAUCAGUACAAUAGUUUUUUGUGGAACACAUGAUUUGCCAUUGAGAGGAAAAGAAAAGGAUGACGGCGUUUUUCAAGAUUUGCUUCAAUUAAAAAUAAAAUCUGGUGAUGAAAUUUUGCGGCAACAUUUAGAGAAGGGUCAAAAGAAUGCUCAGUAUACGUCCCCGAAGAUACAAAAUGAAAUUUUAAACAUAUGCGGUAUUCUAAUAAGAGAAAAACUGGUCGAUAACAUUAGAGUCGCAAGUGCUUUCAGUAUUUUGGCUGAUGAAUCAGCAGAUAUAUCUGGUAAGGAACAACUAGCAAUAGGUCUUCGAUAUUACGAUCAAAAAGAAAAAAAUGUUAAAGAAGAAUUUAUGGGCUUCGUAGAGUUGGAAAAAAUGGAUGCCCAAACGAUAGCUGCUGAAAUAAAUAGAUUUAUUAAUACGUUAAAUAUUGACGCUAAUAAAUGCGUGGGACAAGGCUAUGACGGAUGUGCUACUAUGGCGGGAAAAGAUGGUGGAGUCCAGAAAAUAUUGAGAGAAACUUAUAAAAAGGGUUUAUAUUUUCACUGCGCCUGCCACAGAUUAAACCUCGUGGUAAACGAUUUAAAUAAUGUUUCUGAGAUCCGCAACUGCAUUGGAACCGUAAAAGAUACAAUAAAUUUUUUCAGGGAAUCGGUUCUGCGUCAAAGAUAUGCACCUAAAAUACCAUUGCUGUGUGAAACAAGAUGGUCCCAUAAAUACCAAAGUAUUUCGAUGUUUAAGAAAUAUUUUGCCCAAAUUGCAGAAGGUUUAGAAAAACUUUCUCGGGAAGGUAAUUCUGCCACAAGGAAAGUAGCUUUUCAGUUACUAUCUGCUGUCAGCCAAACUACAUUUAUAUUUGCUUUAUGUAUUAUAGACAAAUAUAAUUCUAUGCUGCAACCCGUCGCGAACAUAUUGCAAUCUAAAACGCUAGACAUAUUAAGAUGUGCAGAACAUAUAGAAACAAUAACUACUGCAGUUGCAGAACACCGGCGUUCCGCGGAAGAAGGGAGCGAAGAUUUAAUCAAAUCAGCUGAAAAAAUUGCUACGGCUUUAAACAUUGACCUACGUUUACCAAGAACAGCAAGCCGCCAACAACAUAGGGCAAAUCAACCAGCUGCUUCAUUUAGCGAGUAUUUUCGUCGCUCAUUAUACGUGCCUUAUUUGGAUUCUUUGUCAUCUUCAUUAGAGGCGAGAUUUAGCAGACAGCAUUCACCAGCGUUUAAACUUUCAUUGUAA